CAUGAGGUUUUAAUAAAAUAAUACAUAUUUCAAUUUCUCAUUAAUUAAUAAUUAAUGUUUGUCGUUUAUAGUAUUUACAGUGUAAAAGAUAAUUAUAUAGUUUUAAUAACAAUGACAUAAACAUGUGAAUAUGUGAAUGCUUCGACAAUGAAGCUGUAUUAUAAGGCUUUAAGUUAAUAAAAUGAAUUGGAGUCUUUAAAACUGUAAUUUAUAAAGCAAAACAAUGGCCAACUACCAACUUAUAGAUUUUGCAACUGGCCUCAAGUCUCGGAUUUUCGAGACGAGGCACAAAGCCAUUCGUGAGCUCUUGCAUUUCGUGCGAACUGAACUAAGAGAAAUGUCCCAAGAGACUCUUACUCAAGUGCUCGAUGAUUUCAAUCAGCAAAUACAUAUUCUGACUUCUAGUUAUGAUAACAAUGAAAAGAAAGCUGGUAUCCUGACAAUAGUUUGUCUAAUAAGUGGUGAUACAGAACUAAAUAAAGCAAGAGUGUCUCGAUAUGCACAUUACUUGCGUAACAUCUUUCCUACAAAUGACAUCGGUAUUCUGGAGUUGGCAGCAAAAACUAUGGGUCGCAUUACUGUAUCACUUGGUAUUAAGAGAGGUGAAUAUGUAGAGAAUGAAAUAAAACGAGCCUACGAAUGGCUCGCUGAAGAGAGAAGCGAGGCAAAGAGAUUUUCUGCUUGCUUUAUUUUACGAGAACUCGCCAUCACUAUGCCUUCAUACUUCUAUCAACAUAUCAAUGGAUUCUUCAAUCACAUAAGAAUUGCAUUACGAGAUCCUAAGGAACAGAUAAGAGAAGUAGCUGCUAAAGCAUUGAGGGCUGCGUUUGUGGUUACAUCACAGAGGGAAGUUCCAGCUCAGUAUAAAAGAGCACAUUGGUACAUUCAGUGUUAUGAAGAAGCCACAUCUUCAUUCAGUGAUCAUUCAAUCAGGGAUAGAGGUUUGAGCAGAGAUGACAAUGUUCAUGGAGCAUUGCUAAUAUUGAAUGAACUGUUGCGUUGUUCUAACUCCACUUGGGAGAAGAAAUACACGGAUUUGAUGCAAAAACUUGAUGCAGAACAAGAUGUGCUAGAUGAAAUGUCAUCUUUAAAUCCUAAGGUGCAAUGUGCCUGGAAUUACCAGAAUUAUCCAGGAGACAAGAGCCAGACGCCUAUUAUUCUGGAAUCAAGUAUUUGUAGGCAGUUAAUUACUGAGAAAUAUGAUAAAAUGUCUAGUGAUAUAAUGGCUCAGCAAAUAUCAAGAUCACACAAUGUACAUCAGAUGCUCCUGUUAAUCAUACCAAGACUUGCAGCAUUCAAUCGUGAAGCAUUUGCUAAAAAGCACUUGAAAUCAACAAUAAACCAUCUUAUUACAUUUCUCUGUGGCAGGGAAAAGGAGAGAGCCAUGGCUUUCACAACACUCGGUCUUAUAUGUGUAGCUGUUGAGGAUGACAUUCAGCAGUAUCUAAACAGAAUUAUAGAAAUUAUCAAAACCACUUUACCAAUGAAAGAUGCCAAAAAGAGAAAUGGGAUUGACACUCCACUACUGAAAUGUGUUACAUUAUUAGGCUUUGCAAUGAAGGAAAGUAUUGCAAAUGAGCUUAAGGACCUAUUAGAUCCAAUGUGUGCUACAGGUUUAAGCCCACAGUUGACAACAUGCUUUAAAGAGCUCAGUCAAAAUGUGCCUUCAUUGAAAAAGGAAAUUACAAAUAGACUUCUUAACAUGCUCUCUUUGAUAUUGCGAAAGAAACCCUAUACCUCCAGUGACAGUAAUAAUGAAUCGCAAAUCGCGUAUUCAUUAUCAACUCUCUUGGUUUUGGAGCCAAACGAUACCGCGAAAUUGGUUCUAGCGUUACGGACUCUAGCCACAUUCGACUUUGAAUGGAAUAAUACACUCAUGUCCUUUAUUAGGAGGUGCACAGAUCAUUAUCUGCAAAGUGAACAGCAUGAAGUCAGAUUGGAAUCUGUUAAAACUAUUGCGAAGUUAUUGGUAAAGGCGGUGGAACGAUGUUCGCAAACGAACUCGCGAACAUUAAAUAUUUUAGUGGACGAGACUCUGGGCAAACUCCUUGCGAUCGGCAGAUCUGAUUUCGAUCAUGAAAUUCGUUACAAAGUGCUUGAAGUAUUCACCAAUCCCAUUUAUGAUAAAUAUCUGGCUACAGAAGAACAUUUGAAUUGCCUGUUCAUAUCCGUCAAUGAUUCAAACAGCGAUGUUGGAGAAUUAGCAUUAUGCGUUAUUGGGCGAUUGAGUAACAUGAAUCCCAGCUAUACUACACCGAUUUUACGGCAAUUAUUCGUUCAAAUUUUACUUGAGCUGCAAUACUCUGAAUCGGCUCGCAAUAAAGAACAAUCGCUUAGAAUGGUGAAUAACAUAAUAACAAAUGCGCCGAGAAUUACGAGACAAUUCGUUGAUACAAUUCUUAAGAUACUGGUACCCAAAUUAAAAGAAGAAGGUAGCAAUGCUGUAAUGGUUUCAAUAAUAUUAAAAGCCAUUGGUGAUUUAGCAGAAGUAAAUGGUGGUGGAACAGCUUUGAAGGAAUGGUUACCAGAAUUGAUAACAAUACAACUUGAAAUUCUUUCUGAUCCAAAUCAGCCAGAGAAAAGAAGUGUUGCGUUAUGGUCAUUUGGCCAAGUGAUUAGUGCAGUUGGGCACGUUAUCACACCAUACAUGGAACAUCCCAAUCUAAUGGAUAUGCUCCUAAAUAUUCUGAAAACUGAGCAUAAUAGUAGGGACAGAAGGGAGACUAUUCGCAUUUUAGGACUUUUGGGAGCCCUAGAUCCCUAUCAACACCGCGUCAAUCAAGGCUUAAUAGAUUUCCAAACUAUUUCAACAUUGAUUGCCAUUCCUGAAACAACUGCAACUGUGGAUAAUUUUGAUGCCAAUGUUAGUGAAAUGUUUGUUAACAUGUCACCAAUAGUUUUGGACGAGUUUUAUCCAGCCAUUGCUGUUACUUCUCUAAUGCGUAUACUUCGCGAUCCCCUUUUGGCGCAACAUCAUACAAGUGUUGUACAUUCUGUUACUUUUAUUUUUCAAACAUUGGGCAUCAAAUGCGUCCCAUACAUUUCUCGUGUUACACCAAGUCUUCUGUAUGUGAUUCGGAACACAGAUAAUAAUAACUUCCGCGAGUUUUUAUUUACGCAACUUGCCCAGUUAAUAUCCGUUGUAAAAAUACACAUACGCGCUUAUUUAGAAGACAUCUUGGAUUUAAUCCGCGAGUAUUGGACACCAGAAAGUCAGCUACAACCAACACUCAUCUUACUGGUUGAACACAUAACAGUUGCAAUUGGUGCAGAAUUUAAAGUCUACCUUAGAAAAAUCCUCCCCAAUAUACUACGUGUGUUGAGAUAUGAUAAGAGCAAAGAUAGGUUCUUAACAGAAAAACUAUUAAUAGCUAUUCAGAAAUUCGAAAAUAAUCUCGAUGAUGUCCUUUUGGCUGUAGUGCCGGCGAUUACAGCACUAUUCGAUGGUAGAAAUAUACCAACACACAUAUCUAAAUUGGCUAUGGAAACGAUUGAGCAUUUGUCUAUCUAUUUGUACUUAAAGCCAUAUUCAGCGGUCCUGAUACAAGGGCUUGUGAGGGUGUUGGAUAAUAAUCCAACUUUACGACAAACAGCAAUGAAUACUCUUUGUGCGUUGAUCGUACAAUUUGGUCGUGAGUAUAUAGAUUACAUAAAUUCAGUUGAUAGGAUAAUCACGAAACAUAAAAUACAAUGUCCUAACUACACUGUGCUGGUAUCAAGAUUGCAAGUGGUUUCGACAUUAGCAUCUGAUGACGACUAUUUGGACGAAACUAGGUCGAGACUACGGAAUCAAAAGACCGAUGUUGUUACCACAGAUACACAGAACAUCCAAAAGUUAGUUCUAAAUGUGCAAAAUUUGAAAAAGUGUUGGUCAGUAAAUAAUGUUAUAUCGAAAGACGAUUGGUUAGAAUGGUUACGACAGUUCAGUCUCGGCCUAUUAACUGAAUCGAACAGUCCAGCUAUAAGGGCAUGUGCUAGUCUAGCUCAAAAUUAUUCUCAACUGGCUAGCGACAUAUUUAACGCAGCAUUCAUGUCUUGUUGGACGGAGUUGGCUGAACAGCCGCGUACAGAACUUGUUUUUGCGCUUGAAAGAGCUCUCACAGUUCCCGACGCGCCAGAAAUAUCACUUGCUGUACUAAACUUGGCAGAGUUUUUGGAACACUGCGAUAAAGGCGCUUUGCCUAUCUCUAUUAAAUUGCUCGGCGAUACGGCGAUUACUUGUCGGGCGUACGCUAAAGCACUGUACUAUAAGGAAGAAGAAUAUAGACGAAAUCCAACAACACAGGUUGUGGAAGCUCUAAUUCACAUUAAUAAUAAAUUGCAACAAAAAGAAUCAGCCAAUGGACUACUUGAAAAAGUUAUAAUGCAGAAAAAGAAUGGAGACUGCACACUAAAUGUUCACGUGCGAUGGUAUGAAAAGCUGCAUAAUUGGGAACAGGCAUUAGAUCUGUAUAAUAAAAAGCUUGAAGUAGAACCACAGGAUACUGAGUCUAAAUUAGGAAUGAUGCGAUGCUUAGAAGCCAUGGGUGAAUGGCGAAAGAUUUACACCAUAAAUGCUGAUCAGUGGGAAAAUAUGGAAGAGGACAUGCAAAAGAAAUCUGCUAAGAUUGCAGCUGCCGCGUCAUGGGGUUUACAGGAAUGGGAUUCUAUGAAAAAGUAUGUUAAAUUCGUGCCAGAAGACACCUUGGAUGGGGAAUUUUACAGAGCUGUCCUAGCAAUUCAUGAAGGAUCCUGGUCUGAGUCGAGACAUUACAUAGAUUCAGCUAGAACUAUAUUGGACAGUGAAAUGUCAGCAGUCAUUGGCGAAAGUUACCAGAGAUCGUAUGGCGCUCUUGUCAAUGCACAGCUUUUAACAGAAUUGGAAGAAGUCAUGACGUACAAACUAGUUGAAGAAAGAAGGAGUACAAUUCAUAAAAUGUGGUCGACUAGACUUCAAGGAGGACAGCGUUUGGUCGAAGAUUGGAGAAAAAUGUUGCAAAUUCGAAGCCUAGUAACUUCACCUUUGGAAGAAUUCCAAACGUGGCUUAAAUUUGCUUCCUUGUGUCGAAAAUCUGGGUCUGUGAAUCAAGCUCAUAAAAUCAUACUAUCGAUCUUGGGUGCAGACCCAGUAACAAAUCCAGAAGUGUUAUUACGAACACAAGAUCCAAGAGUAAUUCUUGCGUACAGUAAAAACCUUUGGGAUGCUGGCAACAAGCGGUACGCGUAUGAAGUGUUACAACGCUUCGUGGAUAAUACAGAAGGAGAAAAUGAGGAGCAAUGUAGAUUACUCGCUCGUUGUCAUUUAAAACUCGGUUCUUGGUGUGAAUCUCUACAGGAAAUUAACGAGCUAUCAAUUCCGGAAAUACUAAGAAACUUUGCUGCGGCAACUCUUCUAGCUCCCGAAUGGUACAAAGCAUGCCACGCGUGGGCCUGUAUGAAUUUCGAAACUGUUUUGUUUUAUAAACAACAAGAUAAUUUAUCGGAGAGCAGUGUGGCUGGUGGGUCAGGGGAUAAAAAAGUAUCAAGGCCUGAAUUUAUCAAUACUUAUACAAUUCCUGCGAUUGAAGGCUUCUUCAAGUCUAUAAGCUUGUCAAAUGGAAAUUCAUUACAAGACACGUUGCGGCUCCUCACUUUAUGGUUCGAUCACGGACAUCACACAGCCAUUUAUGACGCUCUCUUCGAAGGCAUAAGGCAGAUAGACGUAAAGAUAUGGCUGCAAGUGAUACCGCAGUUGAUUGCUCGGAUUGAUUCACCCAGGAGUCUGGUGGCCAAAUUGGUGCACAUUUUAUUGAUAGACAUCGGAAAGUUGCAUCCCCAAGCGUUAGUCUAUCCUCUUACGGUAGCAACAAAAUCUUCUUUUGUAACACGAAAAAAUGCAGCGAAUUACAUCCUUAAAACCAUGUGUACACACUCACAGACUUUAGUCAGCGAAGCUGCUAUUAUUUCUGAAGAAUUGAUUAAGAUUGCUAUGUUGUGGCAUGAUCAAGUUUACACCGCAUUGGAAGACGCAUCAAGGUUAUACUUUAGUGACAAAGACUAUAGAGGUAUGUUUAGAACGUUGGAUAAAAUGCAUGCAAUGUUGGACAGACCACCAGAAACAUUAAAGGAAGUUUCGUUCUUACAAAUGUAUGGGAGAGAUUUACAAGAAGCUCAGCGUUGGUGUGAACUUUAUAAGGAAACAAACGAGGACCGUUACUUGAACGAAGCGUGGGAUCUAUACUGCCACGUGGUGCGUCGUAUCGGUGCGCAGUUCCGCUCGCACACGUCGCUCGAGCUGCAGUACGUCAGCAAGCGGCUGCAUACUUGUACUGACUUGGAGCUCGCUGUGCCGGGCUCGUAUGUGCCCAACGAGAAGAUUAUAAGAAUAUCGCAUAUUAAGAGCCAUUUGCAGGUAAUAAAAUCAAAGCAGCGGCCGCGUCGGCUCACAAUCCAAGGUUCGGACGGGCGACAGUACAUGUUCCUGCUCAAGGGACACGAGGACCUGAGACAGGACGAGCGAGUGAUGCAACUGUUCGGUCUCGUCAAUACUCUGCUACAAGCUGACUCCAAUACUUACCGACAUGAUCUGGCCAUACAGAGAUAUGCUGUUGUUCCUCUGUCACCUAACUCUGGUCUUAUUGGUUGGGUGCCGCAAUGUGAUACGCUAUAUAAUCUUAUAAGUGACUAUAGGGAUAAGAAGUCGAACAAAAUGGCGCUGAACACGGAACAGCAAAUUAUGCUGCGGAUGUCGUCGGACUAUCAGAAGCUGCUGUUGAAGCAUAAGGUGGAAGUAUUCGAAUACACACUAUCCCAGACACCAGGGAACGAUUUAGCCAGGCUCUUAUGGCUAAAGAGUCCUUCAGCAGAAGCGUGGUUCGAGCGUAGAACGAACUACACGCGGUCUCUAGCGGUCAUGUCCAUGGUGGGGUACAUACUGGGGCUCGGGGACAGACAUCCGUCGAAUAUAAUGUUACAUAGAGUCACUGGGAAAGUCCUGCACAUUGACUUCGGAGACUGCUUCGAAGUGACGCAGACUAGAGAGAGGUUCCCGGAAAAGAUUCCGUUUAGACUGACCAGGAUGCUCAUUAAUGCAAUGGAGGUAACCGGUAUUGAGGGAACGUAUCGUUUCACGUGCGAAUCGGUAAUGCACGUGCUCCACAAGCAUAGAGACAGCGUAAUGGCGGUGCUAGAGGCGUUUGUCUAUGACCCGCUGCUCAACUGGCGGCUCAUAGACAACGACAAACAUUCUCUAACCGAAUCCACGUUUUCUUCUGAUAUGGACAUCUCAUAUUCCCUUCCGAGCAGAAGUCGGAAUCAACUACAUUACGAAUCUUUGGAAAUGCCACCAGAAUCGAACCUUAAUAAGCGAGCUCUUGCCAUAUUAAACAGAAUUAGAGAUAAACUAACAGGAAGAGACUUUCCGAAUAUAGAAGCGGUUGUCAGUGUCCCGAAGCAGGUCGACUUGUUGAUAAAGAUCGCUACCAAUAAUGAGAACUUAUGCCAGUGUUACAUAGGCUGGUGUCCAUUUUGGUAGUUUAUUUCUGGUCAUAUUAUGUAAGUUAAAGAUAUUUGUAGAGGCAUUUAUGUUUAAAAUAUAAGAUUUUUAUGACGAUAGUAUUAUUUCGCUCUAAUUAAUUUAUAGAUUGACUAUUAUUUAAACUUCUCGCAAUUGUUUUGUUGAUUGAUGAUAAAGUGAAUGCCAUUUACCUACACUUAGCCUUGAGUUAAUAGUACUUUUACUACCUGUAACCUGUCUUUAUACUGGUAAAUGUACUUUAUUACUCUUUACAAUAGCCCAUUAUUUUUCCUUUUGCUAGUAAUAGAAUUUAUGUUACAGUAGGGAACAUUUUACCUUAUCGUGUCCAUUUACAACGGCAUUUAAAUAUUUUAUUACGUAUUUACUUCACAAAGCUGUAUUUGUUAAUAGAAGUCGGUUUUAAUGAUAUGAUGAUAGCAUUGACAUGUAACUCGAUACCUUUAUAACUAAAUCUUAUAGUCUGUAGGGAAAGUCCUUAUUUAAUUAUAGCUUUAUGAAGCACUUUUAACUGUCUCUACGGGUUAAAUUUUUAAAUAAUUGUGUGUAAAUACCUAAUAUAUAGCUAUGUAUUGUUAUAUCUUAAUAAAGACAAUAUGCGAAAAA